AUGCAGCUGCAAGGGCAAAAGCUGCAGGAGCUGUGCGACAUCCGCACCUCAAUGGGCAUCCACAGCACCAGCGGAAUCUAUAUCGAUCGGUGGGGUGGGGGGAGUGGCAGCCCCAAAGCGAGGGCUUUCAGGUUGCUGCAUGCGGACAUAACUUCUGUGUAUGGACCCGGUAGUUCUGCUGCUGCUGCUGCUGCUGCUGCUGCUGCUGCGGCUGCUGGUGAUGCGGGUGGUGGUGCUGCUGGUGCUGGUGGUGGUGGUGCUGCUGCUGGUGCUGGUGCUGGUGGUGGUGGUGGUGGUGCUGGUGGUGGUGGUUGUGGUGGUGCUGCUGGUGGUGGUGGUGGUGGUGCUGCUGCUGCUGCUGCUGUUGCGGCAGCAGCAGCGGCAGCAGGAGUUGGAGAAGGAGUAGCAGCAGCAGCAGCAGGAGAAGGAGCAGCAGCAACAGCAAAAGCAGCAGCAGGAGCAGCGGUAGCAGCAGCAGGAGCAGCAACAGCAGCAGAAAAAGACCAGCUGCAGCAGCAGCAGCAGCAGCAGCUGCUGCUGCUGCUGCUGCUGCUGCUGCAGGAUAUCGCUUUCAAGGCCUUCACAAACCCUCAAGAACUACCUGAUUAG